CACCACACACACACCCACUGGUCGAACACGUACGUACGUGCUCGCUCAUCGUCGGUGCAAUGGCCGCUGCCACCAUGGCGCUCUCCUCCCCGGUGAUGGCCGGCACCCGCGCGGCGUCCUCGCUCUUCGGCGAGGCCCGCAUCACGAUGCGCAAGGGUACCGCCGCCAAGCCCAAGGUGGCCGCCUCGGGCAGCCCGUGGUACGGCGCCGACCGCGUGCUCUACCUCGGCCCGCUGUCCGGCGAGCCGCCGAGCUACCUCACCGGCGAGUUCCCCGGCGACUACGGCUGGGACACCGCCGGGCUGUCGGCCGACCCGGAGACGUUCGCCAAGAACCGGGAGCUGGAGGUCAUCCACUGCCGGUGGGCCAUGCUCGGCGCGCUCGGCUGCGUCUUCCCGGAGCUGCUCGCCCGCAACGGCGUCAAGUUCGGCGAGGCCGUCUGGUUCAAGGCCGGCUCCCAGAUCUUCAGCGAGGGCGGCCUCGACUACCUCGGCAACCCUAGCCUCAUCCACGCGCAGAGCAUCCUCGCCAUCUGGGCGGUCCAGGUCGUCCUCAUGGGCGCCGUCGAGGGCUACCGCAUCGCCGGCGGCCCGCUCGGCGAGGUCGUCGACCCGCUCUACCCGGGCGGCAGCUUCGACCCGCUCGGCCUCGCCGACGACCCCGAGGCGUUCGCGGAGCUCAAGGUGAAGGAGAUCAAGAACGGCCGCCUCGCCAUGUUCUCCAUGUUCGGCUUCUUCGUCCAGGCCAUCGUCACCGGCAAGGGCCCCCUGGAGAACCUCGCCGACCACCUCGCCGACCCGGUGAACAACAACGCCUGGGCCUACGCCACCAACUUCGUUCCCGGCAAGUGAGGAAGAAGCUAGCCUAGCUCUAGUAGUUCUUGGCGUGCGUCUGUGCUGUUCUUGCAACCAUCGAACUGGCCAGCCACUUCUUCAUUGUCUUUGACGAUGUUGAUCGAGUUGGUGUUGUACACUAAAGUGAUGUUUUUGCAAUAACGAUUUUAAUUAUUCGUUCCCAAU